GGCUUUCGGGAAAUGUAGUUCAUGCAGAAGCAACCAGGAAGAGAAAUCUUGGGAGAGAAGGAAACGUUUGACAUACAUGCAAAUGAAGAGAAACCCUACGUGAAGAGAAGCUGUGCGGGGGCUGCACCAUGUGUGGCUUAUCCUGGCUCUGCGGCCCCGUUUGAAUGCAAGAACAGAUCUGGGGAGGCUUGGGCUGAGCCAAGCCGAAUCGAUCCGUUUUUGUUGCGUGAGGACAACGUUUGCCUCGCCAGUGUCGCAGCCAGCAACCUCGUUUUCUCAAUCGAAAGAGAAAGGUACCAGAAAAGAACAGGUGAGCGACUAAUCCCACUGGUUCUGUUGAUGGUCUGUGCUUCCUGAUCAAUUUUGGAGCCUCCCCCUCCUCUCCUCCUCCUCCUCUUCCCUCCUCACCCUGUACUUCUUGUAUGAUCUUUAGGUGCCUGAGAAGUCUGAGCUGCACCUUCCUUGUGGACUACUACCUUGUCCUAUCUUACCCUUCAUUUCAACAUGGAAGUUGGCAUGCGAGUUGUACGUGGCAUGGACUGGAAAUGGAACAACCAAGACGAUGGUGAAGGCCAUGUUGGGACCGUGGUGGAGAUUGGCCGGCAGGGAAGUACCACUACACCAGACAAAACAGUGGUUGUACAAUGGGAUAGUGGCACCCGAACAAACUACCGCACAGGUUACCAGGGUGCUUUUGACCUGCUCCUCUAUGACAAUGCACAGAUUGGUGUUCGCCAUUCCAACAUUAUCUGUGAUAGCUGCAAGAAGCAUGGCAUCAUGGGAAUGAGAUGGAAGUGCAAAGUCUGCUUUGAUUAUGACUUAUGCACUCAGUGCUACAUGAACAACAAGCAUGACCUGUCCCACACCUUUGAGCGCUAUGAAACCGCACACUCCCAACCAGUGACCCUGACCCCACGGCAGAACCUGUCUCGUAUUAUUUUGAAAGGAAUAUUUCAAGGAGUGAAGGUGGUUCGAGGACCAGAUUGGGACUGGGGCAAUCAGGAUGGAGGAGAAGGCAAGAUAGGAAAAGUAGUCGAUAUUCGUGGCUGGGACACUGAAUCUGGACGCAGUGUGGCUAGUGUGACCUGGUCCAAUGGAACCACAAAUGUCUACAGAAUGGGACACAAAGGAAAAGUGGACCUAAAGUACAUAUCUGAUGUAGCAGGGGGCUAUUACUACAAAGAGCACCUUCCAAAGUUAGGAGAACAUGCUGAACUACAGAGGCAGGAAAGUGCAGAUGGGCACUCUUUCCAACAAAGAGACAAGGUCAAGUGUCUUCUAGAAGUGGACAUUCUCAGGCAGAUGCAGGAAGGCCAUGGUGGUUGGAACCCCAAAAUGGCAGAGUAUAUUGGCCGUAUAGGAACUGUUCACAGGAUUACUGAUCGGGGAGAUGUCAGAGUCCAGUAUGGUAAUAACAUCCGAUGGACUUUUCACCCUGGUGCUUUAACCAAGGUAAAUACUUUUGCAGUGGGAGAUCUUGUGCGGGUUCUAGAUGACAUGGACAAUGUAAAGAGAUUACAAGUUGGACAUGGCGAAUGGACGGACAGUAUGGCACCUGUCUUGGGGCAGAUGGGUAAAGUGCUGAAGGUUUAUGCAGAUGGAGAUUUAAGAGUGGCUUUUGGGGGACAGACUUGGACAUUCAACCCAGCCUGUCUCAUGGCACAGCCAGUAGAAGUGGACGCUAACCUCAUGACGACAGAUAACCCAGAGGAAUCAGGAAGUACAGUGGUUUCUGUUCUGGAAAAGCUGCUGUCGCAGACCACUGACCAAGACAACCCAGGGCGCCUUGUGAUUGAGGCAGCACACGGAAACUGCAGUAAAAUCCGAGAUCUAGUUCAAAAGUAUCCUGAUAAGAUUGAUGUAAAGAAUCAGGGAAAAACAGCUCUUCAGGUCGCCGCACAUCAAGGCCACAUGGAGGUUGUAAAGAUACUCCUGCAAAGCAAUGCUAACAUAGAAAUUAAAGAUGAGGAUGGAGACACCUGUCUACAUUACACAGCUUUUGGAAACCAGGCAGAAAUUGCACGCUUCCUUCUCAGCAAAGGGGCCAAUGUUAAUGUGCUGAACAAUUCUUUGUGCUCUGCUUUGCACAUCGCAGUGAACAAAGGUUUUACAGAGGUGGUGAGAGUGCUGUCAGAGCACAACGCUGAUGUCAACUUGCAGGAUUCCUAUGGAGACACACCACUGCAUGACGCCAUAGCUAAGGACUUCAGGAACAUCAUUGAAAUCCUAACAGAGGUGCCUAAUAUUGACUUCACCCAACAAAAUAACCGGGGAUUUAAUCUCUUGCACCAAGCAGCUCUCAAGGGAAACAAACUAGCAACUGAGAGGAUCUUGGCUCGUGCACGACAGCUAGUGGAUGGUAAAAAGGAUGAUGGCUUUUCUGCUUUACACCUGUCUGCUCUAAACAAUCAUCAAGAAGUAGCAGAAAUUCUUAUUAAAGAGGGCAGGUGUGAUGUAAAUAUCCGGAAUAAUCGGAACCAGACACCACUUCAAUUGGCCGUAACUCAGGGACAUGCUGAGAUGGUGCAGCUUCUUGUUGCUGAAGGAGCUGAUGUCAACUUGGAGGAUGAGGAUGGGGACACAGCAAUGCACAUUGCAUUGAGCCGGCAGCAGCUGACAUCCACAAUGGCAGCCAGGGAGGGAGAGGGCUCUUCACUUUACACCAGGCUGCAGCUCUCUGGCCUCUUGGGGAACCUGGAGCUGAAUGUUGGUGCGGCCAUAGCCUGUUACCUUGUGCAAGAGGGGGCUGACAUGAAUUAUGCCAACCACAAAGGAAAGAGCCCACUGGACUUGGUUACAGAUGGGAUGAUAAUACAACUCCUCAAGAACUUCUAUGAGAAGCGCAGGACACAGCAGCUUCACAGCAACACAUCAGGAAACCAUUCAGGUGUUACCAGCAGCAGCCUGCGCAGGGUCCAUACAACUCCAAACACCAUGACCAACCUGGUCAUGCCAGCUGCACCACCAGGGCCCAGUGAAUGCAUCAUCUGUUCUGAACUAGCCUUGCUAAUCCUCUUCUCUCCCUGCCAGCACAGUGUCGCCUGUGAAGCCUGUGCUCAGAGAAUGAAGAAGUGCAUCAAAUGUCAAGUUACAAUAACUAAGAAACUCAGGCCUGAUAACACAGAAGUGGAUUGUAGCCCAAGUGCAGAAAACUCGGAGCAGCACAACCUUCUUGAACAGCUCCAGUCCCGCUAUCGGCAAAUGGAGGAGCGCAUCACCUGCCCGAUCUGCAUUGACAACCAAAUCAAGCUGGUGUUCCAGUGCGGCCAUGCUUCCUGCUUGGAAUGUAGUGCCUCCCUCAAGUCCUGUCCCAUCUGCCGGCAAACUAUCCGCGAGCGCAUCCAGCUCUUUGUAUGAGUGACAAAGGAUGUUUCCCCAAGCCUCCCAAAGGUGUAUCUGGAACCAGUGCGGUUCUUGGGAGAUGAUUCUCCUUCUUCCAGCAUUGCUGUACAAGUGGGCCUGACAUGUCACGCUUGUGAAUACGCUAAUCUAGCCAUUAAGGAGCCAGCUGCUGUCAAAGUCGAUGAAAGAUGGCCACAUGUAUUGCACCCCAUCUGUUGCUGGGAGGUGGCAGAACCAGAAGGAAGGAAUUCCAGUCACUGAUGACACCGCUUAGCUGCUUAAUGGUUUCCUCUCUAACCACAUCCAGUAACACGACUCUCCAAAGCGCCAACUUGUUCCACUGUUCACUGAAAGCGGCUCUUUUAUUUUUGUCAGAAUGACUAAACAAAGCUGUGCUGUAUAACUGCUUCUAGAAGUUUCUAUUUAGGCAGGUCCCACUACUGAAAUGCAGAAAAAUGCAGGGCCCUGCUCCCGUUUCCACAUGGAGAACGUCAGACUUGCUUGUUUUUCUGAAGGAGGAAUGUGCAUUCAUUUUGGAGAAAACCCUUCACUUGGGAUCUUCAAGGACAAUGGGGGGCCGCAAAGGAAAGAUGAGGCCUUGUACAGGACUACACACUACAUGCUGGUCUGCUGCUCUGGAGAUGGCCAGCCACCACUUCUUCUGCUUGGCAUUUCAGAUGUCCACUUUGCUUCAUUCAGAAGGUGAGCACAGCUUUACAGCUUCAGUUACAUUCAUGACUUUGUAUUCUCAACUACGCAAUAGUCAUAAAUGAAGAGGAGGAGCCUUCAUCACAUCUGCUCAUCUUCCCACCGCACUACUGAGAAUCUCUGACCACUGCGUUUCAGUCAAUCCACUGGCGCAGGACACCGUGUCCACUUGGCACUGCUGGCUUUCUGUUGGGAUGUAGAAUGACAUGUAGCACUUGAAUGUUUCUUCUUGCCUUUGUUUUUUAUAAUAAAAAAAUUGAUAACUUAUUAAGCAAUUUAAUGUGUGCACGUGAAGUGUAGGAGUAAGUCAAAGUUUGGUGCCAAACAGCCAGCAGCUGCAGGAGGAAACUGACCAGCUCAUGGGGGUCUUGCUCUGCCGCUCUUCUGAUUGUAUCUCGACUACGUCCUCAGCGACCGUAUCUACAUGGAUGUACUAAAAUGCCAAAAUGUCAGCACCUGUUUGAAACACUUCCAUUUUGUUCAUUUCAGAAUGUUCCGGGCUACAGAUCAAGUGCAAGAUGCUUCUCUUUAUUAAAUUGCAAAAAUCUGUACAACCACAUUAUGGCACAACCUUUAGAAGGCUCUAAACCCCACCAAAAAAAAAUCAAGAACCAGGACAGUGUUAAGAGGGGAUGUGGAGAUUGGAAAAAAGAUCAACACAAAAUGAUGCAAACAGUAUUUGUUGUACAGAACUUUACUUUCUGCUCUGGGCCUUGUUCUUUACUCAAUUUAUUUUGUUUUCUUUAAGAAUAUUUUGAAAUAAAUAUGUAAUUAUUUUAUAAAA